UAUAUUUCCUUCACAUGUGUGUUUGUUUCUAAACCCGACGAGUCUGUCCGCAGAUGCUGCAGCUGAUACUGAGCUAAAGCUGGGUUUUGUUGCACAAGUCAGAGUGCUGGCUGGUGGCGAGUGGGUGGCUUUUCACCCACACUCAGUACUUUUCAUCUCUCAUUCUUCUUUCAUCUACUGUUGCUUUCUUAUCGAGUGACACGCGGAAUAUGAAAAAUAUGACUUUCCGACGGGUAAAGAAGCUGAACUCAAACGAGCCGGACAGCGGGUCGUUGUGUCAUGACAGUGGGGAGAUCUACUUUACGUCCUCCAAAUCGGACAGCUGUGGGACUGUGGAUCGUGGACCCUCAAACUCCACUGAGGUUUAUAAUUACAAGACCCUCGCUUACUCUGGAGGGACCCUACCGAGGAACUUUAAAAAGAAUGGUGGGCUGCAAAAAUGGAAACCCCUUUCGCACUCGCCAGAACCACAAAGGAAAACAGUGAUCCUAAUGAAGAAAGAGGAGGAGACCUUUGGCUUUGAGAUCCAGACAUAUGGGCUGCAUCACCAGAGUGAGAACUCAGUAGAGAUGUGCACCUUUGUUUGCAAAGUCCACGAAGACAGUCCUGCCCAAUUUGCAGGCCUUAAAGUCGGAGACACGAUCGCCAGUGUGAACGACACUUCUGUUGAAGGCUUUCGCCAUAAAGAAAUCGUCCAGCUCAUUAAAUCAUCCGGCAACAACAUUAGGCUAGAAACCGUCUACGGCGACUCUAUACGAAAAGCAGAAUUGGAAGCACGACUGCAGUAUCUAAAGCAAACCCUGCAUGAGAAAUGGGAUGAAUACAGAUCUCUUAUGGUGCAAGAGCAGCGGCUUGUGCAUGGCAUCGUCAUGAGUGAUGUGGCUGUGUAUGAGUCUCUGGAGUCAGCCGGUGUGUAUGGUAGUCUGGGAGCUCCGAGCCCCGCAGCCAUGCGCGCGUUACUUGGCACCGGGAGCACGAGCAGCAGCGUCAGCCAUCUUAGUGCCGCCACAACUGAGGAUGACCCACUCUACCAAACCUGCAUCUACCAGGGGGAGUGCUCCAAUAACGCCAGCAACGACGAGCUUGAUGCAAACCAAAAGAAGACACAAAACGGCCGUCCACGUCUCAUCCGACCUGCCAGUGAGCUCUUUGCUACAGCCAAGACCCCCCUGACCCGUAGCGCCAGCACACGCAGUUAUCUGAGGGGCAUGCCGUCAUCAUCAUCAUCGUCAUCCUCUGUGCCUAAUGGAGAAAAGCAGCAGUGCGGAGGGUUCAGCACACUGCAGCGCAAACCCAAACAGAAGAGCUUCAGGCGAAGGCUGUUGAAGUACAUUCCCGGACUAAACCGACCCCUGGAAGAGGAGGAAAGCAAACUGUGAGAAACAAAGCGAACUGAGAUUCAAAGACUCACUUAGCCAAAGACUAAAUGUUUAAAACGAGCGAAAAGGAAACUGAAGACCAAAAGUGGAGGACAAGAUAAACCAAAGAAUCCAGUGAUGAUAAAAUAGUGUUUUCAUCUUGUUUUCUCAGAAAAGUUGAGAGCCUGUUUGGUCAGGUUGAUAGUCAUUUUAAGUGGGCCAAAAGUUUCAAAGCCUUUUCUUUUGAAAUCUGAAUGCAAAACAUUAGCAAACGAUUGGUUGGGCAACUUGAAUAUUAGUUAUAGACUUGAAGUAUUCAGAUUCAUAUAAAAUGCUGAGAGUAGAUAUGGAUGCAUGUCUGUUUGUCGCUGGAAUAUUGUUUAAAAUUCUGAAACAAAUAAUAUAAUUGUUAACAAGGCCCAAAAAUGUGGACCAGUGUGUCUUACUCACUUUGUCAACUCCUUUAACUAGUUUAUUAACAUUGUCUAACUUUAUUUCCUGGUGCACAUUUUGCACCUAAAUCAAGAAGCAAAUGUUUGUACAUAUUUUGUUAAUGUUUAAUUUAUUUAUUUAAUGUUUAUUUUCUGUU